AUGGCUGCCGCAAUUGCUACGGCGGACCCUCGGGGUCGGCAUUCCCCGGGCCGUCGAGUCGACGACAAGAACCUAGUGUUCGACCAGAUGGGGAUCCGCGACGAACUUCUUCGGGGCAUCUACGCCUUCGGGUUCGAGAAGCCAUCCGCGAUCCAGCAGCGGGCCGUGGUCCCCAUCAUCCAAGGCCGCGACGUCAUCGCCCAGGCACAGUCCGGUACCGGAAAGUCCUCGAUUAUCGCCCUCUACGUUGUUUUGGUAUCUGCAACUUUUCCCAAAGAAAUUCUGGAGUUGACCAACAGGUUCAUGGCCGACCCCAUAAGAGUCCUUGUAAAGCGUGAUGAACUGAUGUUGGAGGGCAUCAAUCAAUUCUUUGUUGCUGUUGAGCACGACAAAUGGAAAUUUGGCACGUUCACUUGA